AACACUAAAAAGCAAUCAUGACCGACGAGGACGAAGACCUAUCUUCUCUCCUAGUACCCCAACUCUACAAACCGCCAGCAUUGCUUCCCAUCGCCCAACUCAAGGAUCAGUUGCUUUAUACGAUAGAAGCUCACCCCGUGACCAUUAUAGUCGGCGAAACCGGCAGCGGCAAAACAACUCAAAUUCCAAAAUUUCUACUCCAGACAGGGUGGUGCAAAAAUGGACAACAAAUCGCUGUUACACAACCGAGGAGGAUAGCGGCGACCAGCGUAGCUGCAAGGGUUGCAGAAGAACUAGACACGCCCCUUGGACAAACAAUUGGCUACUCAAUCAGAUUCGAAGAUGUCACGAGUGCGAUUACGCAAGUCAAGUUUGUCACGGAUGGUCUCUUGUUGCGCGAAAUGCUCGUUGAUCCGCUGCUCAAACGUUAUUCCGUCGUUAUGGUUGACGAAGCACACGAACGGAGCCUAAGCUCUGAUAUCUUACUUAGCUUGCUAAAGAAGGUACUGCGAAAGAGAGAGGAUUUACGAGUAGUUGUGAGUAGUGCGACAUUGGAGGCGGGGCGGUUCCUCGAUUUCUUUAACCCUGAAAACGGCGAGCAAGUUUUUGGAAAGAGCAGGGAGGAUUAUGGCAGGAUUGUUGGAAUUGAGGGGCGGACGUUCCCAGUUGAAGUGCAAUAUCUACUCGAGCCUACCACCAACUACGUCGAAGCAGCCGUCGAAGCAGUCAUGUCCAUCCACGAGAACGAAAGAGGAGGCGAUGUACUCGUCUUCCUCACCGGUCGCGAAGAAAUAGACGACGCGAUCGAUAUGAUAAGCGACAGGAUCGUAGACCUCCCCUCCACAUCUCAAAAACUCAUGCCACUACCACUCUACGCAGGCCUACCAUCAGAAGAACAGAUGUUUGUUUUUCAACAGCCGCCGGCAAAUACAAGAAAAGUUAUAUUCAGCACAAACAUUGCUGAAGCAAGCAUAACAAUCGAUGGCAUCGUCUUCGUACUAGACAGUGGCUAUGUCAAAUUAAGAAACUAUGACGCACAUCUCGGUAUUGAGAACCUGAACGUCGUACCUGUAUCAAAGGCUAGUGCGACUCAACGCGCGGGUCGAGCAGGUCGAACUAGGCCUGGAAAGUGUUUUCGCUUGUACACCGAGGUCGCAUUUGAGAGACUGGAGGAAGCAACCUUCCCUGAGAUCCAGCGCUCGAACCUCGCCCCAGUGGUCUUGCAGUUACUGAACUUGGGCAUUACGAAUGUGGUGCGGUUCGACUACCUCUCUCCCCCACCUUCGUCUCUGAUCACCCGGGCCUUGGACUUGCUUUACUCUCUCGGCGCCCUAGACACAACAGCACGACUUACAAAGCCUUUAGGGGCAAGGAUGGCGGAGCUCCCACUCGAGCCGAUGCUGUCUAAAGCACUGUUACAAGCAGCAAACCCGGAGUUUGGGUGCUUGAGCGAGAUGCUUACCAUUGCGGCGAUGAUGACGCUACAGGGUAACGCUUUCGUCUCGCACGACGGAAACAAGAAGCAGCUGGACAAUGCGAGAAGAAGGUUUGCCGUCGCGGAAGGAGACCAUCUCACCUUAUAUAACGUGUACGAAGCGUUCGUCAAAGCUGGCAUGCAAAACGUACAAUGGUGUCGAGAAAACUGUCUCAACCACAAAAGCAUGGUAAAGGCGUCCAGCGUUCGCAAACAACUCGCCGCAUAUCUUGACCGAUUCGGUGUAAAAGAAACUGCUCUCGCAUCCUCAUCAUCUGGUUUACUUAGUGUCGGCGGCAUUCCCAUCGCUGAGCGCGUUCGUCGCUGCCUAACAACAGGCUUCUUUGCGCACGCAGCACGUAUGAAAUCUGAUGGCUCAUUCACCACCAUAGACGGCAAAACAACGCUAUGGGCACACCCAAGUUCAGUCUUCUUUCACCGUAAGGCGGAUUGGGUGAUUUACACCGAAAUCCUGUCGACAAGAGAUAAGAUUUACAUCAGAGACCUGUCGACUGUAGAUAUGGAUUGGCUGGCAGAGUAUGCGCCAGAGUAUUACAAGAUUAAGAAUGGGGCGAGGUGA